AUGGACAUCUCAGCCGAGCUAUGUUUUUGCACCAAAGAUGAACCUAUUCAUAAGGUAGAAAUUCCGUACCUUCUGACGUACUCACUUGAGGGCGUCACGAAAUCCAACCUUGCAUUCGAGGCUGUUGACAACAUCCCCGUCUUGGAUGUGCGAAAACAUUCGCUUACUUACGAAGACCAUGGCAUCCAGCUUGAGCACAUAGACUCUAAGAUGAUGUACGACGACUGGCAAGACUCGCAGAAAAUUGAGAAAGUCUUCCUUAGGGAAGCGCGAGACACUAUUCGCAAAGUUGUGGGCCAUCAUGAGGUAUACAUAUUCGAAUACAGGGUCCGCCGGCGACCAAAAUCGUUCCCGUAUCUCGCUGGACAGGUGGUUGAUCCGAAUGCACCGGUUCCAGUUCUUGGUGCUCACAUUGAUUAUUGCGAGAGCGAUAGUGUUGAUCGUAUCGAAGUGAUUUUCAAAGAGCGUGCGCCCAAAAUGCUAGCACGAUCCUAUCAAUUUCUCAAUUUGUGGAAACCCUUAAGGGGUCCAGUGAAAGAUUGCCCUCUCGCCCUUUGCGAUCCCAAGUCAGUGGACUUCCAGAAUGACACCAUGCUCGUCCAGUCAGUGAAUACGACCUCGGUCGGCGAGUUUCUGAGUCUUCACUAUAACACUAGCCAGCGCUGGUAUUAUGUCAGUGAGCAGAUGCCGUGGGAAGCGCUUGUUUUUCAUGGCUACGAUAGCCGGACGCCAAAAGCACCGGGUGUUCCUCACGCGGCUUUUGUACAGGAUCAUACUGUGCCAGAGGAUCAGGCGCGAGAGAGUAUCGAGAUAAGAGCUGUAGUUUUUCUCGAUGAGGAUGCAAAUGAGUCACUUGAAGUCUAA